AUGGGCCUCGCGUGCGUCGCGUGCGAGACCGCUCGAGGGACGGCGGAGCACGGAUGGGAUCUCUCGCGCGCGAGUUUUAACCCCGAGUUCGACGCGCGCGCGGUGUUCAUCGAUGGCUCGGACGCGAAUGCGAAUGACGAUGGACGCGGGGUCUCCGGGGAAUGCGCGGGCGACGUGUGCGCGAUGUGGUUGGAAAGGGCUCGUGGGUUGGAUGCGAACGCGAUUGAGAGGAUAUUAUCGCAGUGUGAGACGACGGAGUCGGGGAUGGUGCGGGCGGUGGACGUCUUGAGACGAAGCGGCGCGCUGGACGAGGGGAACUUUCCAUUCGCGCCGACAGAGACGGAUGAGAGCGAGAUGACGUCCGAGAUGUCGGCGUACUUCGUGAACUCGAGCCACAAUACGUAUUUGGAUGGCGAUCAGUUGUUUUCCAGGGCGUCGGUCGCGGCGAUCGCGGGAGCGCUCGAUCGGGGGUGUCGAGUGAUUGAGCUCGACGUGUACGACGGAAAGAAGCGAGGCGAUAAGCCGAGACCUAUCGUGACGCACGGGGGGACGGCGGUGCGACCGAUGUAUUUUGAGGACGCGAUUAAGGUGAUAGCCGAGCGUGCGCACGUGGCGAGCGAGUAUCCGGUGAUCGUGACGCUUGAGAAUCACGCGAGUAAGGAGACGCGCGCGGAGAUGUCGCGCAUUCUGCGCAGCACGCUCGGAGACAAGCUUUGGGCGCCAAAGAGCGCAGUGGCGGGGAACCAGUUGAAACGUUGGCCCUCACCGCUCGAGUUGAAGGGCCGCGUGAUCGUUCGGGAUAAAAUCAAGCACAAGCAAGACGAGCUUCAGAGGAGACGUGAUCAGAGACGCGGCUUGUGUGGCUUGUGCGGCACAAAGAAGCAAUCGAAGCAACGAAAGGUCUUGCCCAAGUCUUUGAAUGUGCGAAAGAAUGACAAGGUUUGCGCGAUGCAGUCGAUUAUCGAGUUUCCGCGGUCUAGCACCGGCGUAUUCGACGAAGGCGCUGUGAGUUCUAGCUCGAGCGAUAGCGAAGGUGAGCAAGACGAUGAGGAUCUCAAGAGAAUCGUAUCCGUACCGAACGUGAAGUUCCGCAGCUUUCACGAGGCAAGGGAUGUCCCGAGGUUCUCGUGUAGUUGGAGCGAGAGGAAACUGAAGCUGAAGAUCGAGAAGGAAAGUUCAAAGGAUAUAAUCGAAUUCACCAACGCGCACUUGUUGCGCACAUACCCAGCCGGUCACAGAAUCUUCAGCAAUAACUACGACCCAAGCGAGGCGUGGGACGUGGGCGCUUCCUUCGUCGCUUUGAACUUUCAAGCACUGGAUCGGUACGUGUGGGCAAACAGAGCAAAAUUCCGCGUCAACGGCAACUGCGGCUACGUGAAGAAACCAGCGUAUUUGCUAGAUCCCACGAUCGAGCGUCCGUCAAAGCCGAGAAGGUUACAGGUGAAAGUGUUCGCGGGAAUCGGUUGGGACAACUUCAAGGAUGCCGACAGAUUUUCGCCGCCGGAUUCCUUGAUCAGAAUCACGACGCUCGGGUGCUUGGCUGAUAGAACAAAGCCAGGAAAAUCGAAUCGAACGAGCGUGUACUCAAAGGCGAGAGCUGGUCCGGAAGCUCAACCAGUGUGGAACGACACGUUUGAGCUCGCAAUCUUCGAGCCUGAGUUGGCAUUGAUGCAAAUACAGGCACUGGACAAAGACGGAAAUGGAGAUGAGCUCUUGGCGCACUAUGAUUUCCCGAUCAGCAAAUUGCGAGAAGGCGUGCGCAUCGUUCCCAUGCUCAACCGUGACGACGAGUUCAUUCACGACAAAAUAUCGUGCGCCGGGGUUCUCAUGAGUUUCAAGUGGCUCGACUAG